UUAAUAGGAGGAGUCGGUGGAGCAAUUAUGGGUGCUGACAAAAUUUUGCCCUUUUUCGCAUAAAAAAGUUAAAAAUCGAAGCCCUAAUUUCAGAGAAAUCUUCAUACUGACGAACUUUAUCGAUCAUCAAAUAUAAUCGCUGUAUGAGUUGGCUAUGGAUGGAUUCAGGAGAGGUAGAAGUAGAUCGAAGAAGUAUUGGGAAGAAGUGAUUAGACAUGACUUGACAUGGUUGCAGUUUACCGAGGACAUGACCUUAGAUAGGAAGGUGUGGAGAACAUGAAUUAGGGUAGAAGGUAAGCUUUGCUUGUGAGGAUAAGGUGGUAGAUGAACCAGUAGCAAUAUUGUCCUUGAGAUUUAUGGUUGAAUGGCUGUUACCUUGGAAGAACUUACUCAAGAGAACCCAACUGACAGAUUUCCUUUGCUCAUGGAGCAAGCAGAAAGUCGUGAGAGGAAUGAACAUGUUAUUGAUGUAGAACAAGGAAGUGGCCCCUCAUCAUCAGGUUCAUCUGAUAAUGAUUCUCCUCGUGAAUUGGAUAUACCCAACCAUGAAAAUAGACCACCAAAUCGACAUUCCGUCUCUUCUUUGUCCAAUGAAUCAGAUUCUCAUAGCCCUUCUACCGCUAGGAGAGCUGAAGGUUCUGAUCGUCGUUGGAGCCCAUUUAAUACUCUGUUGUGGCUUUCCAUUGAGCUAAUAUUCACCCUAGGACAGAUUGUUGCAGCCGUUGUUGUUUUAUCCUUGUCAAAAGAGGAAAACCCAGAAACUCCAUUAUUUGCUUGGAUUGUGGGUUAUGCAACUGGAUGUGCAGCAAGCCUUCCUUUACUGUACUGGCGUUAUCUUCUCCGUUACCAAACCAUCGGUCAGAGACCAACUCAACUGCGUCAAGAUUCACCCCAAGUCAAUUCCACUGCAGAGCCAAAUUCUUAUAUUACUAUCUCAUUAACUCGGUCCUCGGAUGAGGAAGAUGGAAGGAACACACCUACAGAUAUUUGGACUAGGCAAAGCAAUGCAAGACUUGGUUCACUGGUAGAUCAUUUCAAGAUGGCCUUGGAUUGCUUCUUUGCUGUGUGGUUUGUUGUUGGCAAUGUUUGGAUCUUUGGGGGCCACUCGUCUUCUUCUGAGGCUCCCAAUCUGUACAGAUUAUGUAUAGCUUUUCUUACCAUUAGUUGCAUUGGAUAUGCUAUGCCUUUCAUCUUGUGUGCGAUGAUAUGCUGCUGCCUGCCUUGUAUCAUUUCAAUCCUUGGUGUGCGUGAGAAUAUGCAUGGAGUGAGAGGAGCCACAGAAGAGUCCAUCAACGCUCUUCCCACACUCAAGUACAGGGUCAAGACAGAUGGAACUGGCAGUAAUGAAAGUAAAAAUCUAGGAGAGGAGGAAGGUGGUUGUGUAGCCGCAGGCACAGAGAAGGAACGUGCCAUAUCAGGCGAAGAUGCGGUAUGUUGUAUUUGCUUAACAAAAUAUGAGGACAAUGACCAACUGAGGGAAUUGCCUUGCUCGCAUUUCUUCCAUACACAAUGUGUAGAUAAAUGGCUGAAGAUUAAUGCGACUUGCCCCCUCUGUAAAUCUGAAAUUGACGCCAAGAACAGAGAUCUACCUUCUGUAGAAGAGGAACCCCUCCAACAAUCCUAAGGUGAUGCAGAAACCACCUUCUUAUGGUCGAAACAGAGAUCAUUGCGGCUAGCUUGUUGCAUGGGGAGCCAGGAGAGUAUAUCCCAACUGACUGUUACUUCUUCUGCUGCUGCUACUGCUACUGCUACUGCUGUUUUUACCACAUGAAUUUCACUUUGUAUAGUUGUAGUUCAUACCAAGAAUCCAUAACAAGCUUGAAAGAAGAGGUAAUUCCAUUGUUGAUACUCUCAUUUCAUGCCUCACCAGCUAUGUUACUUAGAACUUCCAAAAAAAUGUUAGUUGCACUCGUGUUGGAUCUUCAAAAAAAUGCAUAGCUUUUGGAAGAUCUAAACCGAGUGAUAUUUUUGAAGUGUCCAUCAUCUAAGCAGACAUAGCACACCAAUUACUUCUCUCCCUCUCUCUCUCUCUCUGUAUAAAUACAUUUAAGGGUAAGGCUGCGUACACACCAUUCUCCUCAGACGUUGCUUUUGAGAUUACACUAGAGAUGCUUGUUAUCACAAAUUUUAGUUUCUACUUUGUUAUAAACUUUUUUCUUCUUCUUAUAACAGUAAACAGCUGUCAUUAUUAACAGUAGUUUCUUUGUGAAAUUAUCUCUUUAUAAUAAUAACCUUAUGCAAA